AUGCAGCAUAUGAUUCUAGACAUCAGUCCUGGCAUUAUGUUGAAGCCUUUGGUACCUAACAUGAGAGUUCGUGCGUUUGUUCGCCGUAACCACGUCAAUCAUUAUAAUAACCUUAACCUUAAAUCAAGGAAUGCCUCUGCGUCAGAAAUCAAGUCAAACUUUCGCAAGUUGAGUUUGAAGUACCACCCAGACAUGCUGAAGUCACAGAACUUGAGUCCUGAAGAGAUCGAAACCAAGAAUCAGAGAUACUUGCAGAUAAAAAAGUCUUAUGAGAUUCUCAUAGAUCCUAGCAAAAGAGCUUCUUAUGACACAUCCGUACCGUCAGAGUCUGCUUCUCCUAGACCUAUGCAUAACUUCAGGCCGUCACACAGACGAACACCUUUUACAGCACAUGGUUACUCUUCGCGAAGCCCAAACUCUGAUGAUGUUCCUCACUUCGAUUUUAAUAAGCAUCUUAAGCGCAACAUCCGUAACGAGAAACGGAUGCACGAAAAUCGGAUGAUGCAAUCUGGCCAUCCUACGCCAUACAACGUUCGCUACUCAAACUUUAGAGGAGGAGUCUACGACCCUGCACAGCAUAGACACUACAGCACCACGAUGCCAGCCCAGGGCCCUGUGAUCGGGCUUGUUGGCCUAUUGGUUGCUUUUUAUGCGCUAGGGUCAAUAAUUGGGUCAGAUGAUAUUGCACAGAUUCCCCGCAGAAAACAGAGUAAUGGUCGGUAUGUCCCGGAGGCGUCUUCACGCGGACAGAGCGAGUACUCCUCACAGCUGGUCUCCAGCGCAAUUACGCAGUCGAAAUAG